AUGAAUAAAGGCAAUGACAGCUCAGUGAUGGAAUUUCUCUUGCUGGGGUUUUCCAUUCUUGGAAGUAAACCCAUUUUACUUUUCCUGGUCUUUUCCCUUGUGUAUAGCACCAUCCUGGCCUUCAACUGCAUCAUCAUGGCGGUCAUACUGCUUGACAGGACUCUGCACAACCCGAUGUACUCUCUACUCCUGGCAUUCUCUGUUUCAGAAACCUGCACCAUGUUUGUCACCAUUCCUGAGCUGCUGGUGACACUGUUGACAGGUGAUCCAUCGAUUUCCUUCACUGGAUGUGCUGUCCAGAUAUUUUGCUUCUUUGGCUUAGGAACAAACAACUGUUUCCCACUAGUUGCUAAGGCUUAUGAUUGGUAUGUAGCAAUCUGCCAUCCUCUUCAGUACCAGGUGAUGGACAAAAGGUUUUGUACCAGGCUGGUAGUGGGAUAUCUCAUUUCACUGAGUAUUGACAUCCUUAUUUUCAGGCUACCCUUCUGUGGGCUUAAAGAAAUCAGGCAUUUCUUCUGUGAUCUCUCACCUGUGCUGGGACUGGCUUGCGUUGACACUCACCUGACUAACAUUGGGAUCGUCACUUUGUGUGCCAUUAUUUUGCUGGGCACGGUCAUGCUGAUCUGUGUCUCAUACAUUUACAUCCUCUUUGCUAUCUUAAGGAUCCACUCCCACUCGGGAAGACAAAAAGCCUUCUCAACCUGCGCCUCCCACCUCAAUGUGGUGAUAACACAUUUUGGCUGUGCUUCUUUCGUGUAUUUGAGACCUAAAUCUGUCUCCUCAGUAGAUCCAGACAUAUAGAUAUCUUUGGUUUAUGUCUUUUUAACCCCUCUACUAAACCCAUUGAUCUAUACCUUAAGAAACAAGGAAGUGAAAAUAGCUGUUAAGAAAAUGCUCAGAAAUUCAUUUUGUGCUCAGAAACUCUGA